UAUCUCUCUUUCUCUCUCUUUCUCUCGAUGUAUAUACAUAUUUAUCGAUAAAAAAGAAACACAAUUACUUCGUAUCUUGUAUACGUGGCCGAUCUUCACGAUCCUAUUAACGCCUUCCCGGCAAAUGAUUUGACGCAAGUAAACUCUGUCGUGCCAGUAACUUAUUUAUAUAUACUUAUAGAUACGAGAUUUUAAUCUCAAUCAUAUUCGUGGCAUUGUACUACGUUGCUGACGACGCGUCGGUUUACAAUAGCAUAGCGGGGUCAAUCUCGCUGCGCACAUCUGUUUGCGAUUUGUGUCGAAAGGAAGAUUUCAUUCCAAGAUUUAUCCCGAGGUCGACAGACACCGAUCGUUCAGUUGCCUUGAUGUACGAUUGCUCUUGAUAGAGGCAAAUGAAAAAGCUUAUUUCACCGGUAAUCCGAUUUUGAUUGCGCGAAAAGAUUUAUCUCACCCUAUCGCUUAUUAUCGUCGCUUCGCACCACGAAGUAAAGCAGAGCUCGCGAUUGUUGUGCUGUAUAUGGCCACAUAUUUCACAUCGGUACUUGAUGUACUUUGAAGACAAGCUGAUAUUUCUCAUUAUUUGAGAGCAAUAUCAGGUUCAAUUUAAUUGGAUCACAACGAACACAUUUUGUUGCUUUUGCAACGACAAGAUGAAACAUGCUUAUUACCAUUAAUUAUAGCUUGCGGGAAAUCUGUACGAUAACUCUAUAUUCGCGUUUCUCUACGUACUUUCGCUUGCAACUGCUCUUCAUUCGAGAUAACGAAUAACGAAUAAAUCACGAAAAAGCGAGCGACGAGUGAGCUUCAAAGAGAUUUGAAAAAAUGAAAAAACCUGGUAUCAUCUCGACGAGUUAGAUGUUAACGCUGUAAACAUUGAUCGGAUCUAAAUCGAAAUAUUUCGCUCGCAACGCUUGAUUGAGUGGAAGUAAGGUUUCUAGUACAUGAAAAAUUGAACUUGCUAAAUUUACUCCGGUUUCAAGCAUCGGUAAGAAUCACUUAGAUGCGCACACGCCCCCGCGUUUUCCGCGCAAUUGAAUUAUAUCGUGCAGAGGGAAAUGAAAUGAAGAGUAAUAGAGCGACCAGCCGCUUCGCGAGUGAUUUUGUCCGACGCCGUUUAUGCGGAAAACGGUUGCCACCUUCGGACGACAAUGAUGACGGCUCCCACGCGGUUUUCGAGUCCUCGUCUCUUUUUUGUUGAUUCAAGACGAGAUAUUUCGUAUGCUCGUCGAAAGUCGCGAUGCUCUUUUUCCAUUCACGUAGCCAUGCAGUGAAUUACGGCGCGCAACCGGUGAAUUUCUGGCCUGGGUAGUGUGCUUUGCUCUCGAGGAAGAACCACGUUGAUGGAGGUGAACGCGACUGGUAUCAUGUUGACGACAAUGGCGUCGACAUUGGCCUGGCUGUCAAAAAUGAACGUGACUCACAACGACGAUACAUCUUCAUCGAUCCGUAACAACAACAAUAUGACAAACUUGAGUGCGAUAUUGUGGGAUUACUAUGACAAGAUCUAUGGAGAUACUGAUUACUUUCUGAUCGUCCUUUAUGUUCCGGUAAUGGCGAUUGCAGUGAUAGCCAAUAUUCUUGUGAUCGCGGUAGUCUUCAAGUAUCAUUACAUGAGAAGUGUCACGAACUAUUUUGUGGUGAAUCUCUCCGUCGCUGAUUUAUUGGUUACUAUGAUAUGCAUGCCAGUGGCUAUCAGCCACGCAAUAUCGAUGGCUUGGAAAUACAGUGAAUUCAUGUGCAAACUCGCUUCUUAUCUACAGGGCGUUGCCGUUGCUGCCUCAGUGUUCACCAUCACGGCUAUGAGCAUCGACAGAUAUCUGGCAAUAAGGAGCCCGAUAACGUUUCGCCGUAUAUUCAACCGCAAGAGCACCCUGCUCGUUAUUCUCGUUCUUUGGUUGGUAGCCCUGGCUAUCUUUGCGCCCGUCUUUGCAGCGAUGACUGUCCACAGUCCGACCGUGGGUCUCAACAUAACUUUUGACGGAUCCUGGACGGACGAAGGAGAUGGAACUCAGGACGAUUAUCCACACGAUAUUCCGCGUCGUCAGCUGCCGCCGGACGUCUAUAUUUGUUCGGAGGAUUUCGAGCCGCUAGGCAUCAGCGCGGGCCUCUUCGGCUCUGUGUGUUUUGUCCUUGUUUACGCUAUUCCGGGUCUUCUCGUAAUAUUGGCCUACUCGAUGAUGGGCCGCACCCUUUGCUCCAGGAAGCCACCAUUUGAUUGCGAAAGCACCGAGGGAAGCGCCAGCUCGCAGCAGAGCUACAGAUUGGUACGUGAGAGAAAACGAGUCGCCUGGAUGCUGUUACUUCUUGCUGUACUUUUCGCCUUAUGCUGGCUGCCCUACAACGUGCUUAGAUUGUUGAUCGAUAUCGGCGCUGUCGAAGUAACGCUAAUAAAGGAUGCGCUCAGGUACUGUCUGCUUCUGGGACACGCAAACAGCGCCUUGAAUCCCGUGGUCUACUGUUUCAUGACGCGCAAUUUUCGUCGCAGCGUCUCGGAGAUCCUGCGCAGUUCCUACAGUCUGACACGUCGCAAUCCUCGUCAUGAAAGUGCGAUAAUUGAUGGCGCAGAUGGGAGCAGAUGCAGCGUAAGGGGUACGCGGCGCGGCCUGUUGCAUCAGCGACGAAUGGUACCUGGGUGCAACUGCGGCAUUCCCGUAGAUGGUCGCCACACUUUUCUAGAAUUGCGGCGCACCGCAACAUCCAGCAGUAGCUACGACAGCUACUGCAGCCGCCACAGCCCGCAUCGACAUUGCUACAUGCUGAGAAGUAUCCGCGAUGUGCCGCACAUCCGAGCCAAUCCGCCGGAGAACGACGUCAGAAAAAAUCAGCAGCAAAAACAAAACAAUAAAAAGAACAACGAAUUGUAGAUCGAUCUACAUACUCUUGGUUAAACACCUUAUAAAUCAUGAUCGAGCUACCUUGAUACACUGAAACAUUAUUAUUUAUUGAAUUAUUUGCUAGAUUUUGAUGUAUGACGAUUCAAUAUGUUUGCAUUGUGUCAUUUAUUCGAACUCUAUUUGUUACAGCUAUGACGGAAUAUAUAGAAUUAAACGUGAGAAAUAAAUCGCCUACAAAAAUGCAAUCACUUUUGCAAAUUGAAAUACGGUUUUCUUCAAAUAAGGUCGUUUUGUGACACAAAUAGUAAUCUUAAUAUCAGGAAACUUUAAACUUUUGCAGAGAAAAAAAUUUUUAUUUAUUCUAUUAUUUUAGUUAUGGAAGAGGCGGACUGCCCGGAACACUAAUCGAACAUGUAUUGUUAAUUAUUAUUAAUGAAAGAAUGAAACAAAAAUGGAUUAAAAUUAAAACGUACUUAUUUUUAUCUUU